CAUGUAGCAGUAGUAUGCUCGUAGAACAGUAUACAGGUCAAGAUUUCGCAGGAAACAUGAUUCAAUUAGACAUGUUUCACCUAAUUUUAUUUCAUUUUCUUUAUCAUAUGUUUUGUUGCUUCUCAAGCAAUGGCCAUACAUUCCCUCACAACCUCCCCAGCUUCAUCACUGCUACUUCCGCCGCGAAAACUGAUUAAAUCUAGUUUCAUCCAAUGCUGUAAAACCCAAAAUGAGAGCGUUGAACUUUCUACAAAUGGGAAGGCCAGUUUUCCCGAAAAGAGUCUACAAAAACAACCGUUAAAUAAUCUACCUCCCAGGCCUCGCCGGAUAAUACUGGUUCGGCAUGGACAAAGCCAAGGAAAUGUUGAUGAGAGUGUCUAUACAAGGAUCGCUGAUCCGAAGAUUGCCCUCACUGAGAAAGGAAAGGCUCAGGCUGAAGAAUGUGGUAAGAGAAUCAGGGAGAUGAUUGAGAAAGAUGAGGCGGAUGAUUGGAAGGUUUACUUCUAUGUGUCACCGUAUAAAAGGACUCGUGAAACAUUACAGAAUUUGGCCAGAGCAUUUGAGCGCUCAAGAAUUGCCGGUAUGAGAGAAGAGCCUCGUCUGCGCGAGCAAGAUUUCGGCAAUUUUCAGGAUAGAGAGAGGAUGAGAGCUGAAAAGGCUAUUCGAAUGCUCUAUGGUCGAUUCUUUUUCCGAUUUCCCAAUGGAGAAUCGGCAGCUGAUGUUUAUGAUAGAAUCACAGGAUUCAGAGAAACACUCAGAGCAGACAUUGAUAUAGGACGCUUUCAGCCUCCCGGUGAACAGAGUCCAAACAUGAACUUAGUGAUAGUUUCUCAUGGUCUCACACUUCGUGUGUUUCUAAUGAGGUGGUAUAAAUGGACUGUGGAGCAAUAUGAGAAACUCCAUAACUUUGGGAAUGGAGGAAUGGUCGUCAUGGAGAGAGGCUUUGGUGGAAGGUACAGCUUAUUGAUGCAUCACACUGAAGAAGAGCUAAAGGAGUUUGGAUUGACAGAUGAAAUGCUUAUGGAUCAAGAAUGGCAAAAAUUUGCAAGACCAGGUGAAUUGAACUAUGAUUUUCCUAUGAUGAAUUCUUUCUUCACCCAUUUUAAACAUGACGACUGCCAAUGAUGAAUCAAAGAAAGAUAUACGGUUUCCUCAACUAGUUACGCAGAUGUAGAAGAAGUUGAACCUUGUCAAGCAGACUGGAAUCAGAAAGCAUUGAUCAGCGGCGUUUAGGGCUGCGCCUUGUAAGACUAGCGCCGGGGCGAGUUCUUACUAUUUGGCCUUCUUUUCUGGGGCGUGAUUACUAGGGUUCCUCCUUGUCAAGUCUGUAAUGAAGAAGAAUAGUUGAACUCGCUACCAGACUGUAACACUUGUUGAAACAUACAAUUAUGUGUGAAGGAAGACAAUAAACAGAGUCUGCCACAGGAAAAAGGAGGCACAACUGUCUACAUACAUUUCUCUAA